AAGUCAAAAUGUCAACUUGUUGACCUCGCUUGAGAGAAAUUUCAUAGAUUCUCAAUUGAACUUUCGUCGAUCAAUCGUCAUCUCUUCGAAUCUUUGGAGAGAUUUUACAAUUACUUUCUGAAAACGAGUAAGGAAUUUAUGUGCGUGUAUAUAUUGCAUCUCCGAUCGACGGGUUUUCAUCCUCAAACUCAUUCGUUUCCCUUAAGUUCAUUCAGAUUUACCCGCGGUAGAUCAAAUUGAAGUUCUGAUCUUUGAAAAGGAAAUCUGAUCCACUCAACAAACACAAAUCAAUGGGGUAUCUAGAUUCAGUGAUAUCAUCCGCCAACCCAAAUCUUCCCGGUUGUGGUGUUUCUCCGGUCACCGGAGGUGGUCUCAGUCAAGAUUCAAAGUUUAGCUACGGCUACGCAAGCUCCCCUGGAAAAAGAUCUUCAAUGGAGGAUUUUUACGAGACAAGAAUCGAAGGUGUGAAUGGAAAGCAAAUCGGUCUCUUCGGAGUUUUUGAUGGCCAUGGUGGAGCUCGAGCUGCAGAAUAUGUGAAACACAAUCUUUUCACCAAUCUUCUCAAACAUCCAAAGUUCAUCUCCGACACCAAAUCAGCCAUAGCCGAAGCAUACAGUCACACCGACAAAGAAUUUCUAAAAUCAGAAAACAAUCAGAUGAAAGAUGCAGGAUCAACCGCCUCCACUGCCAUUAUCGUUGGUUCGCGUUUACUUGUCGCAAACGUGGGGGAUUCCAGAGCUGUUAUUUGUAGAGGUGGUAACGCGUAUCCUGUUUCUAGAGAUCAUAAACCGGAUCAAAGUGAUGAACGAAGAAGGAUUGAAGAUGCGGGUGGUUUUGUUAUGUGGGCUGGGACUUGGAGAGUUGGUGGUGUUCUUGCGGUUUCACGUGCUUUUGGUGAUAGGUUAUUGAAAAAGUUUGUGGUUGCUGAUCCGGAAAUUGAAGAAGAAAAGAUUGAUGAGUCGCUUGAGUUUCUUAUUCUUGCUAGUGACGGACUUUGGGAUGUUGUCACAAAUGAUGAAGCUGUUGCGAUGAUUAAACCGAUUCAGAGCCCUGAAGACGCAGCAAAGAUGCUGAUGCAGGAAGCUUCACAGAGAGGUAGUGCAGAUAAUAUUACAGUCGUUGUUGUUCGUUUCUUGGAUACCCAAGAUGCAUAAAACUUCUUGACCUUUUACGUUUAGGACAUGACAAACAGCAAACAGGUUUUACUGUGUUUGACUUGGACUUGACUGGUGAUGGAAAAAGUACUCGUUUUAUGGAAAAGACUCAAAUAACCUCAUCCUUGUUAGUCGAUAUAGCCCUAUAAAACUCAUCCAGAAAUGGAAUUGAAGUAUUGCUUAGUUGUUCGAAGUUAUGUAUUGAAAGGUGUGUGUAUGAUUCCACAAUUGAUUUAUCCUCUCUUUAUUACUUGUUUUUGGGUUGUAAAUUCUUUAGUAGCUUCUUGGUUACUAUUGUUCUUACUUUGCACAUAUUCAAAUAAUCAAAUGUUCGUCUUUCUUUA